AUGCCAGUACUUCCUGCAGUGGGCCUGAUGAGGGCGGGAAAUGUAUGUGGUCUUUUGCGACCACUUUCCAAUCAAAUUUCUUUCUUGGGACAAAGAUCAUUUGCGGCUUUGUUCUACCCCUUCUCAUCAUCAUUUUAUGUUACAGGCACGGCUCCAAAACAGCAUCAAACAGAUCAUCAAGCACAUGAGGAGCUUUUAAAACAAGUUCAAUCGUCUAUAAAGUCCGGAAAGUGA